UACGGGUAACUUCGGGUCAAUUACGAAAAUUCACAGGAACCAUGGCCGCCGUAUUUCGGAAGACGUCCGCACUUUUGCGAGUGAAUUCUGGUAUUUUGUGUCAUAAGGCACAGCUUAGUGGAUUCGCUCACAUGUCCAGGUCAAAAAAGGCUGCACUGGUAACCCUAGGUGCAUUAACAGCAGGUGGUGCUGGAUUGGUGUCUGCUCUUCAUAUAUCGGUCAGUGCAGAGGAAUAUGAAUUACAUCCCCCCAAACUUCAAUGGCCUCAUAGUGGAAUCUUCAGCACAUUUGAUCAUGCUAGUUUACGGAGAGGCUAUCAGGUGUAUAAAGAAGUGUGCUCAGCCUGUCACAGUAUGCAGUAUCUUGCUUUCCGUAACCUUGUAGGAGUAACACAUACUGAAGCAGAAGCAAAGGCAAUAGCUGAGGAGUACCAAAUUGUUGAUGGUCCUGAUGAAGAAGGGGAGAUGUUUGAGAGACCAGGCAAACUGUCAGAUUAUUUCCCCAAACCAUAUGCCAAUGAUGAGGCUGCUAGGGCUGCCAAUGCUGGUGCCCUGCCACCCGACAUGAGCUACAUUGCCCUUGCCCGACAUGGCAACGAGAACUACAUCUUUGCUUUGUUGACUGGAUACUGUGAUCCACCUGCUGGAGUAGAGAUCAAGGGUGAUCUAUAUUACAAUCCAUACUUUCCUGGACAAGCUAUUGGCAUGGCUCCUCCUAUCUACAAUGAAAUCAUUGAAUUUGAAGAUGGCACUCCAGCCACAAUGGGACAGAUUGCUAAAGAUGUGAGUACCUUCCUUCGUUGGGCAUCUGAACCAGAACAUGAUGAACGCAAGAGAAUGGGUCUGAAGGCCUUGAUGAUUCUGAGUUUGCUUCUGGGAGUUACCUACUACACUAAGAGGCAUAAGUGGUCUGUUCUCAAGUCUCGCAAGCUAGCGUAUCGUCCAACAGCAUAAUUCCACUAUCUAAUAUCACCUGAUAAAUCAUAGUAUGAAGUCAUCCCAUCAAAAAUCUGACCUCACUGUGUAUAUGACCAGUAAUAUUCUCUUUGGUAUCAAACACUUCACCACUUGUCAUGCUGUCAUUGGAUACCGAGGAGAUGGAAUUUGAUUACUGUCAUCUACAUUUGUCAAUGGAACAUAGAUAUCUUGAAGAUGUCAUGAACACACUUUUUUUCUUCAGGGAAAUGCUUUUUAGAACUUGAAAUGUCUAAAAAGUUGCAUUUACCAAACAUUUAUGACACAUUUGCAAAUUUUUACUGAAAGACAGUGGUGUAAGACAUUGUUUAAUUUUCUUUAAAUCCAGAUAGAUGUCGGUAAAUAUGACUUAAAUGAUGCUCAAUCACGAUGAAAUCAUUUUUACAUAAAAAUUCUGCAAUGUCUUUUCCUAUAAUUGAUGCAGUCCUCAUUUAACUGUAAAGCCAUACUAAAAAAUUGUCAAGUAUUUCAUCUUUAAUCACCUGAUAAUACUAAUGAUUAUGUGUAAUCCAAUCAGUUUUUAUCUUUGUGCACUAUCUAUGGCACUGUAAAUAAGAAUUUAUUUAAGUGUUCCUGAUUAAUCUUCCGAAUUUCUGGAUCUCUGUAGAACUGCUAAGCAAGAGGGUGAUGUAUUUCUACUGUCCAUAGAUUUAUUCAUUUACUUUGAUUAUUGUAAGAAACGUGCACCUAUAAUAUAUUUGAAAUAUUGUUGAGUUGUUGAGGUAUGUCCAACAACAAAGAAAAGUGUGUUAACUUGAA